AUGGCAACUAUGAACUUUAAAAGUGCUUGUGCAAGAACUGCUCAUGAUGUUCUUUCUUCUUUCGGCUCAAAAUGGUAUUCUUCUCUAGCUAGGAACAAUAAUCCACACGUUGGCUUGUUUCUCUGUUCUUUCAAAAUCAGGGCUUGUCACCCCAUCAACAACAACAUCAAGGACAUCUACAAACAAGUGGGUUUAUUUUCACUUGGAAGGAAAAUUGAAGACACAGUUAUUCGUGCUGAGUUGUAUGCAUCAACAGCUUUGGAAAUGGAAGAAGCUAGUUGGAUUAAGCAGGAAAAAAUGAUGCGUGAUUCGGAUCUGUGGGAUGACCCAACUAAGUCCAAUGACAUUCUUGUCAACUUAGCUAACAGUGCCAAAGUCAUUGAUUCUCUAAAGGACUUGAGAUACAAGGUAGAGGAAGCACAGCUCAUAAAGCAGUUGACUGAGAUGAAUGCUAUUGAUUAUGGGCUGUAUAAACAAGCAUAUGACGCUUCUGUAGACGUGGGCAACAUUCUGGAUCACUAUGAGAUAUCCAAGCUUCUUAAGGGUCCAUUUGAUAUGGCAGGAGCAUGUUUGGUAAUAAAAGCUGGACCUGCCGGCAUCUUUCCAAAGCUCUGGCCAGAACAACUCCUACAAAUGUAUCUUGGAUGGGCCAAAAGACAAGGCCGUGAAGGAAGGAUUGUUGACAGAUGUCAGAUCGAGAAUGAAGGAAUUGAUUCAGCAACUAUAGAGUUUGAAUUUGAAUAUGCUUAUGGCUAUCUUUUAGGGGAAAAAGGAGUUCACCAUUUGAUAAAGGGUUCUCCAAAUGAAUCUUCUCAUCUUGAGACUAGCUCAGCAACUGUCGAUGUUAUUCCGUUGUUCCUAGAGAAUGCUUGUGAUUUUGAGAUUGAUUCAGUGGAUUUGAUUAUCUCAUCUCCCUCAACUCAUGGAAAACGGAAAAAACAAAUUGAGUGUACCGUUUGCAUUCAGCAUGUACCUACUGGGAUAUGCGUCCAAUCCUCUGGUGAGAGAAGCCAGUUUGCAAAUAAGAUGAAAGCACUAAACAGAUUGAAAGCUAAGCUUGAAGUGAUAGCAAUUGAACAAGGAGUUGAUAGUAUAAAUAGUAUAGUGAAGGAUAAAAUUUUGAAUCUGUGGAAAGAAGAAACUCGGAGGUAUGUAUCGCAUCCGUACAAGUUAGUACAUGAUGUAAAGACUGGCAUUGAGAUGAUAGACUUAAAUACUGUUUUGGAUGGGAAUAUCAGACCUUUUGUUGCAGCUCAUAUUAAUACCAGAGAGUAA